AUGUCAAACGUUUACCUAGAAACAUGGAAGCCUGAUAUUUUCAAGGGUAAGGUUUGCCUAAUCACUGGGGGUUCUGGAACUAUCUGUAGUAAGCAGGCUGAGGCGCUUGUUAUUUUGGGAUGCUCAGUUUCAAUAUUGGGCAGGGAACAAGAAGUUGUAGAAAAGAAAGUCAAGGAACUAUCACAGAUUAGAAGUGACGUACGUGUCAUCGGAUACGGAGGCUGUGAUGUUCGCAGCUUCCAGAGUAUGUCAGACAUCGUGAAGAAGACAGUAAAUGAAUUGGGUAAGAUCGAUUUCUUAGUGUGUGGAGCAGCCGGAAACUUCUUGGCGGACUUUAAUCACAUGUCAAGCAACGCAUUCAAGACGGUGGUGGAUAUUGAUUUGAUUGGUUCAUUCAACGCCGUUAAAGCGUGCUUUGAACAGUUACGGGCUAAUAAAGGCUCGGUAAUCUUCAUAAGUUCUACAUUACAUUACUAUGGGGUUCCCUUCCAGAGUCAUGUAGGUGCAGCCAAAGCAGGUAUUGACGCUCUAUCAAAUGCAUUGGCUGUGGAGUUUGGUCCGUUGGGUGUAAGGGUGAAUUGUAUUGCUCCAGGUCCUAUUGGAGAUACCGAGGGAUUUAAUAAAUUGGUUCCAAACAAAAGAGACUUUGCCCGAAAAAUCCCAAUGCAAAGAUUAGGCUCUGUUCACGAUAUAGCCAACGCUACCAUCUACUUGUUCAGCGAUGCAGCUUCAUUUAUUACUGGAACUGUGCAAGUAGUGGAUGGAGGAUUUUGGCAAAUGGGCAACUUCAACACAUUUGAUUUGUAUCCGGAUGUUUUAAAAGGAAAGCUUGAAGAGAAGCCCAAGCUUUAG